CAACCUAACUCUCAGCCCAACUCUUGAUACCAUGGCCUGCUGUUCCACCAGCUUCAGCGGAUUUCCCAUCUGUUCUACUGGUGGGAACUGUGGCUCCAGCUGCUGCCAGACCAGCUGCUGCCAGCCAACCUGCUGCCAGACCAGCAGCUGUGAGACUGGCUGUGGCAUUGGUGGUAGCAUUGGCUGUGGCCAGGAGGGUGGCAGCGGAGCUCUGAGCUGCCGCACCAGGUGGUGCCGCCCUGACUGCCGCGUGGAGGGCACCUGCCUGCCUCCCUGCUGCGUGGUGAGCUGCACCCCACCAACCUGCUGCCAGCUGUACCUCGCCCAGGCCUCCUGCUGCCGCCCAUCCUACUGUGGACAGUCCUGCUGCCGCCCAGCCUGCUGCCUCUGCUGUGAGCCCACCUGCUGUGAGCCCACCUGCUGA